UACAUCAGAGUGACCUGAGACAAUUUCCGGCCCUGCUGCCUUCAGUGAAUGCAAGGACUUAACUGUUACACAAGCUGUCAUUUCUCAUUUUUACCUUACUCGAUCUUUUGCACUGCCAUUUGAGAAUUCUACCACCAUUCUUAUUCCUUAUUCGAAUUUCACCACGUUUCUCAUCUUUACCUCAGAAUGGCGAAGGAAAAGCCGCGCAGGGCUCUAAAUGCCCUAUGGGAGGAUCUGGAGGGGUCGUUCGUUGUCGCGGAGAAAGGAGGAGUUGUUGGCAACGACAUUCUGAAGCAGCUCAGAAUCAAGGUCCAUCCUCUCGAGAUAAAUCCCCGCGGGAGUGUCUCGAUGACUAUCGAUAAUCCGCCUUUCCUGUUCGAGAUACUCCCAGACUCAGAGCUCAGAAAAGGCCCCCUGCCAAAAGGAUCGGUACAAUUUCGGGAGUACCUGGAGCCUUCUCAGAGGCCUGAAGGGUCUCUUGACUAUUACUGGCGCCCAGAGGCCUGUGCUAGGGAAGUCUCACAGUACAUAACCUAUUUUGCUCGCAGGACGUUCCGCAAGCUACCGAAAUCUAGACAGUUGAGUUCCAUCAGCCAUCCCGACCCGUUUCUGCUGUGGGGAGACCUCGAUCGCAACUAUGGUUUGUCCUGGAGCACCCACGUGCUCCUGGAGGCCCCGAAAAGCGAUGGGUACCCAAUUAAGCCGCAUAUUACUAUGACAACGGUUAUAGAUCGCGUUGGCCAAGAUGGUUCUAUCUUCUAUGAGGAAUUGGCACCUCUGGUUGCUGCUAUGCGAAACAGAGCAAACCAGCCAGAGGUGCCUCCUGAGCAAUGGGAGUCCCUAUUGGAGCUACUGGAUAUAGGAGAGCUCCCCGACAAACGUGUCUUCAGAAAUGAAAAGAUAUUCCCUGUGUUAAUGUUGUCGUUUCUCGGCCCUCAGCAUGCACGGGUAUUUUACGCUCGCAUGAAUGGAAAUGAACUCGUGAUCGGACAGUCAAAGCUCUAUAGCUUUGAACGGAAGAAUGAUGCAAACAUUGAGCUUUUUGCUCGACUUCUUCUGAGCACUCCGAUCAGCAUCGGGGAGUGGCAGCGCACUUCCGAGAUUCGAUAGAUACUCAAGGAAGGUUAGAAGAAGCCUGGUUCAUGAUGUAUGGAGGGAGAGUUGUUUCGUUCUGGCCCAGUAUGUUGUUGUUGCUAAGACUUUGGAUUUAUUCCGUCAUAAUAAUGAUUCUUAUAAAUGCCUUACCGUUCCCAACUCGUUAGUAUGAAGGAAUAUCUUUAUUUACCCUCAGGAUUACUAGACUGUCAUUAAAGGUAUUAAAAAAAGCCCCCAUAUGUCGGUAAUACUCAGGUUAGGAGUAGGGUUGGUUCAAUCGAUAUUCGAGGACUCAAAGCUG